UGUAUCUUUAUUAUGAUCAUUAUUAUUAAUUAUUAUUGUUGUCAUUGUUGUUAUUGUUGUUUUUGCCGUUGAGGUAAUUUUAUUUGUUUGUUUCUUUCUUUCUUACUUUCUUUCUUUCUUUCUUUAUUUAUUUUGUUGGCCUAAGUACCCAUGAUAAUCACAAGUUCAGUGUUAUAGAGUAUAAAGGGGAGAUUAUGUGAAUGUAUUAACAUCUUAUUUGAUCGGUAGAAUAAACAGAAUUCUUGAUAGGCAGCUCGUCAAACGGAGAUUUGUCCUUUCUUAAUACAGCCUCUUGUUUAGUCAUUGUCAGUCAACACACUUAAUUGUGCGUAGAUGCUUCAGUGUUUAAUGUUUAUUUUUUAAGUUGAUUUCGAAAACUUGCGAAUGCGAGGUUACAAAAUGUGUUGGCUGCGUUUCGUAAUCAGCAAAGGGGAAAAAACGACUAUAGUAUAUCAUAAGAAACGAUAGCUACACACAGCUUCAUCCUUUUAUUUUAGUUUGCUUUGAACUAUGUUAGAAGAAUAGAAUACAACAUGAAGCACAUACGAAGCCAAAGCAGGGGGGGAAGGUACGUCGUGGAGUAUUUUUGGCCCGUCCCCUCUCACCCUCUCUUCAGACGGUCGCUUCUCAUUGGUUCGCUCAGAAACUGUCUCAAUCAUUUCGCUUGAUCCAGUGCUGUAAGUAAAAUUAUUAUUUUUUUCUUGGUCGUUUUUUAUUGCAUAUUUAUUGUACGUUGUCAUCUGUGAAGGGGUAGGUGGGUCUUCUGAGUAAUGUCUGGCUGGUAAUGAUGUACGAUUGCCGUAUGGUUUGUGGAUCAGGUGAAAACGGAAGUUUGGACACCGCGGCCCUUAUGCCAGGUUUAGACCGGGCGCCGUAGUGAGGCAAUUUUCGCCAUGCUGCCAGUGGGCCCUUCGCGAAUCUGCUGAGAAGACUGGGGGCGCUGACGACAAGGAAGGUUCUGAGACGAAGGGGGGGACGAAAGAAACGACGGAGAGCGGUGUAUACGAAGGUGCGGAAGACGAGGGAAUAGUACCUGCAGAAGGCGCAGAGGAGGACAAACAAUGGCGGCUGCUAUAUUCAGUAGAGGAGCAAAUUGCAUUAGGAGUAGUGCCCCGGGGAUACGCCUUAGCCAUGCCCAAGCUGCAUGUAGGGAGAUCCUUGGCAGUGAGCUGGAGGGUAUAAGGGCAGCUGGCACGUGGAAGACGGAGCGAGUCAUCACGUCGAAGCAAGCUGUCAAUAUCAGCGUCCAGGGCCAGAGUAGACAAGUUCUCAAUUUCUGCGCCAAUAAUUAUCUGGGUUUGUCUAGUCACCCGGAGGUAGUUCAAGCUGGUAAAGAAGCUCUGGAUAAAUAUGGCGCAGGACUAUCAUCUGUCCGUUUUAUUUGUGGCACACAAGACAUACAUAUGGAACUGGAGGAAAAGAUUGCAAAAUUUCACGGUCGUGAUGAUGCUAUAUUGUAUGCCUCAUGCUUUGAUGCAAAUGCUGGGCUAUUUGAAAUCCUCCUUACUCCUCAAGAUGCCGUGCUUUCUGAUGAAUUAAACCAUGCAUCCAUCAUUGAUGGUAUCAGGUUGUGCAAAGCUCAGAAGCACAGAUACAGACACAAGGAUAUGGAAGAUCUUGAGGCUAAGUUGCAGGAAUGUAAAAGUGCUCGCAUGAAACUAAUUGUAACUGAUGGAGUGUUCAGUAUGGAUGGAAAUGUUGCCCCACUACCAGCCAUAUGUGAACUAGCAGACAGAUACAAUGCCAUGGUCUUCAUUGAUGAAUGCCAUGCCACUGGAUUUUUUGGAGCAACUGGAAGGGGAACAGAAGAACACUUUGGAUUGCCUCCUGGUCGUGUUGACAUCAUCAACAGCACCCUUGGGAAAGCCUUGGGUGGAGCUGCUGGUGGAUAUACAACAGGUCCAAAGGAACUUGUUACUCUUCUGAGGCAGCGUGCAAGACCUUACCUGUUCUCUAACUCAAUACCUCCUCCAGUUGUAGCUUGUGCAAACAAAGUAUUUGACCUUCUUUUGGGAAGUGCAGGAUUUGCAGAAAAAGUCCAAGCUAAUACGGAUAGAUUCCGAUCACAGAUGACAGAGGCUGGUUUUACUAUUGCUGGGGAGAAUCACCCCAUCUGCCCUGUUAUGCUAGGAGAUGCUCGAUUGGCUUCACAGUUUGCUGAUGCAAUGCUCGCAAAAGGCAUAUAUGUGAUUGGCUUCAGUUUUCCUGUAGUACCAAAAGGCAAAGCAAGAAUCAGAGUGCAGAUUUCAGCAUCCCAUUCAUUUGAAGAAGUUGAUUAUACAGUCGAAGCCUUCAAACAAAUUGGCAAGGAAUUGGGUGUUAUCAGCUGAAUAUGUCCAUUCUUUGUUAUCAUUAGUCUGAUCAAAAGGGGUUAGCAACUUAUUGUUAGGUUAUCUGAAUAAAAUGUUUAUUGUCAAA